CCUCUAUAAACAGCUGCGAAAACACUGCUGUCUUCAUGGGAACAGAGCAGAGGAGGGACCACAGUCAUUCUGAUUGAUCAGCAGGCCUGAGUGGGAACCUGAGCUCUGACAUUUAAACACAACAGGCAUCCAUUUGAAUGCGUGUGAGCAUUUGUCAUCAGGAAGAUUUGGAGUUUACCAGUUGAUCAGAGACGGACCUGGCUCACUGUCAGCGAGGAAUCUAAUUUUCGUGCGACACAUCUAAUAGGGAAAAAUUAAAGGAGCCACAAGAGUCAUUUCACAUCAGCAGCAAGCCAAGGAACAUGGGGACCUGCCCCAUCAGAUGUCAGUCCAACCGUACAAUCCUAGAGAAUUCAGCUGAACCUGUAACAUCAGCCAACGAGGACAGCAUCAUUGUAUCCCUCUGUGACUACCCGUCCUUUGGCCGUACUGAACUGACCAUGUGCAUUGGAGAACAACUCACCGUCCUCUCAGAUGACGGUGAUUUCAUGAUCGUGAGAUCCACAACCACAGGCCGUGAGAUCUAUGUACCCACAAACUACACCGCCAAGGUAACACACAGGUGGCUGUUUGCAGGUAUCAGCAGGUACAAAGCAACAGAGCUGCUCAUGCAGCCUACUAACUCCAACGGAGCCUUCUUGAUCCGAGAGUCAGAGACAAACAGAGAUUGUUACUCGCUGUCUGUCCUGAGGAGGACCAACUCUUCAUACCAGGACUGUGUAAAGCACUACCGCAUCUCUUACCUCCAAAACAGCUGGGUCUACAUAUCUCCGGGACUCACCUUCCCCUCCCUGCAUCACCUGGUGCAGCACUACUCAGAGUCUGCAGAUGGACUGUGCGCUCGGCUGACCAGGCCUUGCUUCAUCCAGGGUUUCGACAACGCUCGAGAUGCCAGGCCUAUACCCAUAACUGUCAGGAGGCCGACUAUCAACUGGAAGGACAUCAGCAGGUCAGUGAUCUUCAAGAGGAAGAGGACAGAGUCAGGUAACUCACUGGUGAGCGAGGGGCUAAGGGAGGCCAUCACCUCCUACCUCCAAAUGACAGAGGGCAACGAUCACAGCUGGGACACCUGAGGAAAGACAGCGGAUCAGUCAGAGAGAAUGAAGUCAGUCAGAUGCUGUCCUGCCUCAUCUGUAAGUUUGGGCAAGCCAGUAGACAAGGUUGUCUGCGUGCCCAUGCGUAGUCUCCACUGACCGGCCUGGAGCAGCAAUGGGGGCUGAGACACUACAACGGUUGGAGUCAUACUAUAUGUCUGUAAGAGGGCUGUUUGUUGGUGUGUGUUCAGACAGGCCCACAGUGGAGGUGUGCGCUGAGAACUGAAUGCCAUUUGUUCUCAAAAGUUGAAUGUUUCUUUUAAUUUAUACUUUAAUGUAUAUGCUUUUUAAAUGCAAUAUGUGGAUAAUAUUCUAACAUGAUUGUUGUCAUGGCAAUGUUAUUGGAAUCCAAUAAACUAUGUGACAAAUAAAUAACAUAUAAAUAUAACCACCCAAAACAAAAGAGAGUCUUCC